AUGGAGAACCUCCCGGCGACGCUGCCGUUCAGCGAGCGCAUCAACGUCAAGUCCAGCCAGGUCUUCGCCGCGACCGAGCUCUCCUACGCGUUCGUCAACCUAAUGCCUGUCCUCCCCGGCCAUGUGCUCGUGUCGCCCAGGCGGAUCGCGCCGCGGUUCAGUGAUCUGUCUGGCGAGGAGGUUGCGGACCUGUGGCAGCUGGCGCAGCGCGUGUCGGCGGCGAUCGUGCCGCACUUCGGGUGCACGUCGACGACGUUUGCCAUUCAGGACGGGCCCGACUCUGGGCAGACGGUGGCGCACGUGCACAUCCACAUACUGCCGAGGAAGCCCGGGGACUUCAAGAAGAACGACGAGGUCUACGACGCGAUCGAGAAGAGCGAGUCGGACAUGAGUCAGGCAGCGGAAAAGGCGGGGGAGUCCAAGGGGAUGGACGCGGAGGACGGCCGCAAGCCUCGGACGCCCGAGGAGAUGGACGGCGAGGCCGCGGCGCUCCGGCAAGUCAUGGCCGCGGCUGGGCGCGCGUAG